CCGACAAAGACGGUAUAUCAAUCCAGGGACAUACAAGUUCCAGCCGAUUAUCUCAGGUCGGACCCUCAUGAUGCGAGACCUAUUGAAUAUCAGCAAAUCGACUUCGCCAAAACCGUCCUACCAGAAUUUGAUGGCGGUUACGCCGUAAUAUUGGAUUAUGUGCUCAGCCCGUCAGAAUGUGCCAAGCUCAUCCAGCUGGCCGAGUCCAGCGUGGUCAAUGAGGACAAAGUCGAGAACGGAAAUCCCUGGCAGCCGGCUCUAGUCAAUAUUGGCGGUGGCUACGAGGUACUUCAGGCAUCUUACCGCAACAGCGAUAGGAUCAUUUGGGAUCAGCAAGAGAUUGUGGACCGGCUGUGGGCUCGCAUGGAAAAGGUCCCUGAAAUCCAGCAAAAGCUAGGACGCUUCAACGAGAUUGAUCUUCUUGGGGCGAGGAAACUUAACGGGAAGCCUGGUAUGAACUGGGACUUUCAUAGGGUGAACAAGAGGUUGCGCUUCUUGAAGUACGGACCAGGACAGUUUUUCCGGCCCCAUUGUGAUGGCGCUUACACGGAAAGUGGUCGGGACGACGACAAGGUCAUUCGGACACACUUCACACUUCAUCUCUAUCUGAAUGAUUCGAAAGCUCAAGGGGGUGAUGAUGCGGAUCUAGAAGGAGGUGCUACCUCGUUCUUGUCAUCUGACGAAUUGCGCAAGCUAGACGUUGAUCCCAAAGCAGGACGUGUACUCAUUUUUCAACAUCAACGACUGUAUCAUUCCGGUGACGAUGUAAAGGCUGGCACCAAGUACACAGUGCGUACUGACAUUAUGUACGAGCUC